AUGGACCGCGCAGCCUGUCUGGUCCACUCCAGAACGGCUCGGCGCGGCGCGGCACGGCACAGCACGGACAGCAGGCCGGGACUAGAGCAGCGGGAGGGACGGAGGCUGCACCGGGGGGCGGCGGAGACGGAGGGAGUGCGCCCACCGCCUCGCGGGUGUGUAUGCGCGUGCGCUUGGGUCCCGGUUUGGAUCACGAUGAUGCAAAGUGCGGCGGUCCUACCGACAGAGAGUCCCGUGAAGAGUUUACCAGAGAUCCUCGGAGUGCCACUGCAACAGAUCCCUCAGUGUGCGGGCUGCAGUCAGCACAUCCUGGACAAGUUCAUCCUGAAGGUGCUGGACAGACACUGGCACUCCAAGUGCCUGAAGUGCGCGGACUGCCAGGGCGCGCUGGCGGACAGAUGCUUCUCCCGGGGGGGCAGCGUCUACUGCAAGGAGGACUUCUUCAAGCGUUUCGGGACCAAAUGCGCCUCGUGCCAGCAGGGCAUCCCCCCCACGCAGGUGGUGCGGAAGGCCCAGGACUUCGUGUUCCACCUGCACUGCUUCGCCUGCAUCAUGUGCAGCCGGCAGCUGGCCACCGGGGACGAGUUCUACCUGAUGGAGGACGGCCGCCUGGUGUGCAAGGUGGACUACGAGACGGCCAAGCAGAACGAUGAUUCUGAGGCGGGGACGAAGCGACCGAGGACCACCAUCACUGCCAAGCAGCUGGAGACCCUGAAAAGUGCCUACAAGAACUCCCCAAAGCCCGCGCGCCACGUCCGCGAGCAGCUGUCCUCCGAAACAGGGCUGGACAUGAGGGUGGUGCAGGUUUGGUUCCAAAACCGACGAGCAAAGGAGAAGCGGUUGAAAAAGGAUGCGGGUCGCCACCGCUGGACUCAGUUUUACAAAAGUGUCAAACGCAGCAGAGGAGGAGCCAAAGUGGAGAAGGAGAGCUCUGCUGAUGACGCGGGGCUCAGCGACAGCGAGCUCAGCUUCAGAGACGACCAGGUGCUGUCGGACCUGGGCCACGCCAACGGGCUGUACGGCAGCGUGGGCGACGUGACGGCCGGCGGCGUGCUGACCGCCGGCUUCUCGGUGGACGCCAGCGGUCAGGCCUACCACGACAUCCGGGCGGGCAGCCCCUACGGCCUGCCCCAGUCCCCGUCCUCCAUCGCCUCGCUGCCCGGCCACACGCCGCUCCUCAACAGCCUGGGCUUCAGCAUGGACAGUCUGGUGGCGGCGGGGGGGCCGGGGGGCGUGGGCCAGGCCCUCAGGGCCAUGGCGGGGGGGCCCACCUCAGACCUCUCCACAGGCAGCAGCACGGGGUACCCGGAUUUCCCCACCAGCCCGGCCUCCUGGCUGGACGAGAUGGACCAUUCCCAGUUCUGA